AUGAGUAUAUCAGUAUUAGUUGUUGAUGAUAACGCCUACUCCGCGGAGAAGCGCGGCGCGCGGCGGCGCGAGGCGGAGGGCGCCGGCGCGUCGCACGUGGCGCCGCCUGUCGACGCACACCACGCGCGCAGAUAUAAUGAUAUGGCGCCAAAGCACUGGGAGGAAGGACCCCCUCGCUACCACGGGCCUACGGAGUACGAGCGGCCCCCGCCAUACUACUAUCCCGGACCAAAUGAUAGACAG